GCUUCACAUUGCCUGCGUGGAGCCAGCUUGCAAAGAUGGCGUCCGGACUCGGAAACUACAUGAUGAAGAGCGUCGGUCCAUCGCGAACUGGUACUGCGUCACCGGCGACGCAGUUGUAUAGAGCGAUCGCAAAGGAGGUGCCUCGAAUUCUCACCAUUUACGACGUCGACAUGGACUUUGCUCAGGCAAGAGCGGCGAUCGCUCUCUAUUUCCGAAACAACGGCCACCUCAAGGACCCGAGGGUGGUUGACGCGUUGGUGAUGAAGGGGUAUAUGGAUCUCGAGGAAACUACGAUGCAGUACAAACAAAAAACGCAUUUGCUCAGGCUACUAAAUCCAUCGGCACACAACGACGCACGGGCAGUGAAAGACGAUUUCAUGGACAAGUUCAUGGCCGGCACGUCAUAGUGGGACCAGAGACGGAAGAUGUGGACCCGGAAGCCGAGAGAGCAAGAGGGGUGGAGAUUAGAUUACUCCUAAUGUUUUUGCGUCCCGUGUGUUUCCGCACGCGGCACAAGUGCAGAAACGUGUGCAUGUGCUUGGUGUUAAGACUAAGUCAGCAAAAUUGCACAGACACUCGUUGAGGUUCCCUUCAAACUCGACGGGUGUG